UUUACAGGGUAGCAUUGCUCGGAGACACAAAGAUCACAAAUUCAGAUCAAAAUUCUAUCAUGAGCGCAUGCUUUUCUUGCUCUCUGAUUCGUUCCUCACCUCUUAUUCAGGACCCUUACCUUUCAUGGCCGCUCGCAAAAUUAGUUCGGCCAAUUAGCUCUCUCAGGCUCAGAAAAUAUUCCAAUGCGUCUCCAAGAACCGUCGUAAGAGCUGUCGAACAAGGCCUAGGUGUUGUUUCACCAGACGACGUGUCGCUGCUGCAGGACCCUCCGUUGAUUGAUGUUGAUACCAUAGAGAAAGUAAAUGAAGAGGUUCACGGAGUCAUUGAUGGAGUCGCGGACACCAAAUCAGAGGAUAAAGCCCUAACUCCGUCCACUAGAUUUAAGAAGAAGAAGGAGGUUGAAGACAGCUCCGAGAGUAGGUUCAAGUUAAGGAACGGAAGGGAGAUUUUUGAAGAAAAAGCUUACGUUGUGGGUGUUGAGCACAAACGUAGUAAUACUGAGGUUUUAUUUGGUGUAGAGGAAUCACUCAAGGAAUUGACCCAGCUAGCUGAUACUGCUGGACUUAUGGUUGUUGGCUCCACAUAUCAAAAACUCGUUUCUCCAAACUCAAGGACAUACAUUGGAUCUGGCAAGGUUGCAGAAAUCAAGGGUGCAAUUAACGCAUUGGGUGUUGAGACUGUCAUAUUUGAUGAUGAGCUCUCAGCAGGGCAAUUGCGCAAUUUGGAAAAGGCUUUUGGUGGGGAAGUUAGAGUUUGUGAUCGCACUGCCCUCAUUCUGGAUAUUUUUAACCAGCGGGCAGCAACACAUGAAGCAGCUUUACAGGUUGCAUUGGCACAAAUGGAAUACCAGUUACCUCGGCUAACAAAAAUGUGGACGCAUCUUGAGCGUCAAGCAGGAGGCAAGGUGAAGGGAAUGGGUGAGAAACAAAUUGAAGUGGAUAAACGUAUCCUACGUACUCAAAUUGGUGUUCUCAAGAAGGAGCUAGAAUCUGUUCGAAAGCAUAGAAAGCAGUACCGGAAUCAGCGGCUUUCAGUACCUGUUCCUGUAGUAUCUUUGGUUGGGUACACCAAUGCUGGAAAGAGUACUCUUUUAAAUCAAUUGACUGGAGCAAAUGUGCUGGCUGAGGAUCGAUUAUUUGCAACCCUAGAUCCAACCACAAGAAGGGUUCAGGUUGCUGCCUUCAGAGCAACACUGGAGGAGAUAUCAGAGUCAUCAUUAUUAGUGCAUGUGGUGGAUAUCAGUCAUCCCCUAGCUGAGCAACAGAUAGAUGCUGUGGACAAAGUUUUGUCAGAACUAGAUGUGUCCUCAAUUCCAAGGUUGAUGGUGUGGAACAAGGUUGAUAAGGUUAGCAAUCCUGAAAGCAUCAAGUUGGAAGCAGAAAAGAGAGAUGAUGUUGUUUGCAUAUCUGCUCUGAGCGGUGAGGGCGUAAAUGAAUUCUGCAAUGCAGUCCAGGAAAAAUUGAAGGACUCUAUGGUAUGGGUGGAAGCCUUGAUCCCGUUUGAAAAAGGGGAGCUUCUCAGCACCAUACACAAGGUUGGAAUGGUGGAGAGAACGGAACAUACAGACAAAGGGACACUGAUCAAGGCACACGUCCCACUACGGUAUGCAAGGCUGCUAACACCAUUGAGGCAACUGUGCAUAUCAUGAUCUCAAUUUUCUUCAAUGACACAGAGAAAUAUGUGUAAUUAUUCUGUUGUAUAUGUAUCAUUUUUCUGUUGGGUGUAAGGUGCUUAUUAGAAACUAGAUACAGACCACAGAUGUAACCAACUGCAUUUCUUGUCA